AUGUCUUCCAACUUCACCGGCUCAUCAACACCCGCAGACUACGUCUUCGACAUCGACCUUCCGCCAGAGAUGCAUCCGCCAGACAUCCAAGCAUACCUGCUCUGCGUUCCAACCCCCACUCAGGAGGCGAUGGACGCCUGUCCGUGUUUCCCAUGGAUACACGGGUUGACAUUCGCGCAGGCGGAUGUGGCCACGUCCAAGCUCCGAGAGGACUUGGAUCCGAUCGUGGAUCCGAGCGCCGAUCGCAUGCAGGUCCACUGCAACUUCAUGGUCCUGACCAACGCCCGAGUCCCAUUACCACCCGGAAGUAUAGGUCCCCAACAUCCCCUCUGGGUAGAGCUGAUUGCGUAUCUCUACGCCAAUCAUCCGGUGCUGCUUCGGACAUCGCGAUGGGCUCGUGUGGUCAGACGACUUGACAAACAGUUCAGACGGGGAAGCGAAGGACACGAGCUGGGUCCUUGA